UUGAGCUGACUGAAAAACACACAGCAAUCAGGACUUUAUGAGUAUAAAAUCUUCGGUGGUCUUGCUGACUGUCCCCCAAAACUGUGUGCAGAUGUCUAUAUGGAUUUAGAUUUCAGAAAACAAUGGGAUCAGUAUGUUAAAGAACUAUAUGAGAAAACGUAUGAUGGUGAAAAAGUAAUCUACUGGGAAGUGAAGUACCCUUUUCCUCUCUCAAACAGAGAUUAUGUCUAUAUUCGUGAAUGUCGAGAGAUGGAUGUCGAUGGGCGGAAAAUCUGGGUUGUGUUAGCUCAAAGUGUGUCUGUUCCUCAGUGCCCUGAAAAGCCUGGUAUUAUCAGAGUUAAAAGCUAUAAACAAAGUCUGGCAAUUGAAAGUGAUGGCAAGACUGGAUCUAAAGUCUAUAUGUACUAUUUUGAUAAUCCUGGUGGCAUGAUUCCAUCAUGGCUGGUCAAUUGGGCUGCCAAGAGUGGUGUGCCUACUUUCUUGAAGGACAUGCAAAAAGCUUGCCGUAAUUAUUCUAAGAGCACAUAGGUCAAAAUUGAUCUGAAUUGUUUAAUUCCUAGAGCUCUGCACUUACAGGAGUGGCUAUUAUAUAUUACACUGGAUAAAAUCUACCUCUAAUA